AUGCCAACGAAAGCGAAGGGCGCACUGCUGAAGGAAUUUACCGUAAUUGGUCGAAAAUUACCAUCUGAAAAAGAACCCAAUCCACCAUUAUAUAAAAUGCAAAUUUUUGCUACCAACCAUGUAAUUGCUAAAUCGCGAUUUUGGUAUUUUACGAGUAUGUUACGUCGUGUUAAAAAGGCACAUGGAGAAAUAGUUUCGUGCAAAGAGGUUUUUGAAAAAAGCCCGGGACGCAUUAAAAACUACGGAAUUUGGUUGCGUUAUGAUUCGCGUACUAAUCAUCAUAAUAUGUAUCGGGAAUACCGAGACAAUGCAAUAGCUGGUGCUGUUACUCAAUGUUAUCGCGAUAUGGGAGCACGACAUCGAGCUCAAGCUGAUCGUAUCCAGAUAAUAAAAGUUCAAGAAAUUAAAGCGAAAGAUUGUAAGCGUACGGCUGUAAAACAAUUCCACAAUUCAAGGAUCCAUUUUCCUCUUCCGCAUCGCAUUCAAAAACGAAGAAAUGUACCAAUAUUUACCACUCGUCAUCCACGAACUCAUUUUGCAUAA